AUGGCUCAAUUUAUCGAAUCAGAACUUGGAAAUAUACUUUUAGUAUUAGACAAUUUUAAAUUUUCUAAAGUAAAUAGACCUUUGGCUUCUGGAUUAACAAAAUGGCGAUGUAUAAUCAAAACUUGCAAAGCUUUUGUGAAAACCUUUGGUGAAACUACGAACAUUGCUGAACAAAAUUUUGAUCAUGAUAAACAUAGGGCAAAUAGUGAUCAAAAUAUACAACGGCAAAUUGUGUCAGUAUCAGCAAAACGUAAAGCUGUUGAAGAUAGUAAUGAGAAACCUAGUAAAAUAGUGUGUACUGCCAUUAAAAGCAUUCCUCGAUCUGAAGCAUUGCAAGUAAGUGACUUGCAUAAUAUCAAGCGAAAUAUUUACAAUGCUAAGCAAAAGAAAUUCCCUCCUUUGCCAAAAUCGGGGGAAGAAGUUCAAGAUAUGCUGGAUGAUAUACAGGUGGUAACCAAUCGCGAUAAAAAUUUUAUUCUUAGUAAUGACAAAGUAAAUGAGCCCGAGAUGGUUUUUGAUUACUUUGAAGUAUUUUUAAUGAGUUCUAAGCCAAAUGAUCAUAGAUUAGCACAAUUUUCUGAUUAUUUAUUAAAUAAUUAUAUAAGUAAUGACGCUGCUUUUCCUCCAAAUAUAUGGUCUGCUGCUACAGCAGAUUUGAACAGAACAACUAAUACAAACUUAAGCAAAUUCAAUUAG